GCCAGGCGGGCCGGGCCGCGGGCGGCGAUGGCGGCGGCGCGCACGGUGCUGCUGACCGGCUCCAACCGUGGCAUCGGCCUGGAGCUGGUGAAGCAGCUGCUGGGCUCGCCACGACCCCCCGCCUGGAUCUUCGCCACCUGCCGGGACCCCGACGGGCCGCGGGCACAGGAGCUGAGAGAUCUGGCAUCCAAACACCCAAACCUGGUUCUUGUAAAGCUGGAUGUGGAAAACCCCUCGGCUGUCACCGAUGCGGCGAAGGUGGUGGAAGGGAAGCUGAACGGGAUGGGGCUGAACCUGCUGAUAAACAACGCCGGCAUCUACACCCCCACGGCCUCGCUGGACACGGUCGAUGCUGAGGACAUGGUCAGGACCUACAAGACCAAUGCAGUGGGGCCAAUGCUGAUGGCCCAGGCCUUCCUGCCUCUGCUGAAGAAGGCUGCCCAGGACAGCAAAGAAAAGGGCCUGAGUUGCAGCAAGGCAGCCAUCAUCAACAUCUCCACCAUCUUAGGGUCCAUCAAGAAAACACCUGAUUCCUUCUUCCACCCUGUCAUCUCCUACCGCUGCAGCAAGGCAGCGAUGGGAAGGGAACCUGGUUCAUGGAGCUUUUUGCUACCCCGGGAUGAUGCUUGCUUCCUCACCCAGGCUGCCCUCAACAUGCUGACCAUGUGCCAGGCUCUGACCUACAAGGAAGCUGGGAUCCUGUGCGUGGCACUGCACCCUGGCUGGGUGAAAACAGACAUGGGCACCCAGGAGGCUGACCUGACAGUGGACACAAGUGUGCGGGGGUUGUUGUCUGUGCUGCCAAUCCUUUCUGAGAAACACAGUGGGACUCUGCUCAACUGGGAAGGGAAAGCCAUCCCCUGGUGACUGCUCUGUGUCCCUGUGAGGGACUCCACGGUGCCAUGGGACUUCCUGCUUGCACAGGUCCACCAGGGUGCUCAGCCCUCUGUGGUCUGCAAGGGACCUACCUGGGACUCCAGUGGGUGGGCAGAGUGUGAUCCUUGCCUUCAACUUGCUAAUUAAUAAAGUCAAUUAAUACCUGUGCCUUGUCCCAGCUGCAGAGUCCCCACUCAGACUGUCUUGCCCCUGCAAUAAAUAGCCUGGCAUUAAUGGCUGAACUCGA